AUGACUCUAACCUUAAGGGAACUCAGUAAAUACUCGGACGAAGAAAAGCGUAAAAGCUAUAAGUUUGAGUGCGAAUGGCGCCAAUGCAAGUUUCUGAGCGGAAAUGAUCGCAAGUACUUCGAACACGUCGACACGCACAGCGAAAACUUAGAAGUGAACUCGGAUGACACGUUCGUGUGCGAGUGGGAUUUGUGCGACUUUGUCACCGAAAGCCGAGAUGAACUGAUCGGUCAUGUACAUUUCCAUGGCUAUCAUACUAUGCUGAAGGUACACGGAGCCAGUCUUAGUCUGCUCGCGAAUUUGCCCAGAUGCAACCUUGACAGCCGCAUGCGUAAUUCCAUUGGGAAUAGGCCUAUGACUUACAUAUGCGACUGGGAUUCAUGCCACGAGCGUUUCAACAAGGCGAUGUAUUUUUUCUAUCACGUCAAAAAUCAUUUGAUUGAUGCAUAUCCCCAAGGGCGCAAAUCUGGCUACCGCGGCGAAAAAGUAAUGUGUCGCUGGUCCAAUUGUAAGAUAGGGUAUAACGCGUUGACUACCAUGAAAAUACACAUUAGGGCUCAUACCACUGAGCGUGAAGUUGCUUGUUUUUGUUGUGGUACAAUGUUCCGUGAACGACUCAAGUACCUCGAUCAUUGCGCUCGACAGGUGGAUGUGUCAUAUCGAAAGUACCAAUGUCUUCAGUGUGGAAAAUUUUGUACCACAGAUCGGCUGCUAAAAAAUCAUAUGGAUACCCAUUACAAGGAAUAUGAAUGCACGUUAUGUCCGAUAGGAUUUUCAAGCAAAGCUGCGUUAUCGACGCACAUAAUGCGACGUCACUUUCAAGUGCGAAAUUAUAAGUGUCAGCAGUGCGAUUACAGAGCAUUCACAAAAGCAGACUUGAUGGUUCAUACUCUUAGCCACAAUGCCAGGAAACUGUACCGAUGCGACGAGUUUGGGUGUAAUGUUGCCUUCAAAACGGAAACUUCAUUGAAAAAGCACAUCAGCUGGCAUUACAAUCUUCCGACACCCCUGUACGAAUGUCACUUGUGCAGUAACAAAUACGCACAAAGCUUUCAUUUAUCGAAGCAUUAUCUCUUUGACCACAAGCUGGAGCGUCAGCCAGGAUACAGGACAUACCGUUACAAAAUUGACUCUGACGGCAUUCACCGUCUUGCAUGGUAUGUAGAGAAAAAGACGCAAGAUUGCGUAAAGCCCUCCAUCGAGCAAUUAGAGGCUCAGUCAACAAUGAAACAUAAAUCAGCUUCAAACCCACCAGUCGAAAAGUCGAAGCCCAGCAAAAGCACAUACGCUGCUCUGAAAGGAGUUCCACAGGUGGAAUGCAUCAAAUCGAUUGGAGUGGAUGAAUUUUUGGUUGAGUUGAAACUGAUAGAAGAACCGAAAGACGAGUCUGAAAAAACAGGGCAAGAGGAACAAUCAAAGUAA